AUGCUGCGCUCGCUCUUGGUCCUUGUUCUCCUCGUUCCGUACGUCUCGGGCUUGCCGUCAGGCGUAUCGGCCGCUCGACGAUCAACGAGCGUGGAAUCAAGAGCAGCUCUCGAGGUUUCUGAACCCAGCCACAGUCACGGACAAAAAGGAGCUCAGUACGAAUCAUGGAGCGACGUACGCGCUUCGACUCAACCAAGAUAUUUGGAUCGAAGUGGUUCCUCAUCACCGACAAUCGCAUACGGAAAGCAACGACAACGGUUUGGAUCGCAAACCGUCGUUGGCAAGUCUCGUGUGCGAAGAGACGAUGUGUUCCCCGCUGUUGCAGCAGCCGAUUCCUCCACCACGAUCGCCCAAGAUGGCGGUCAACGUACUUUAACCAUCGUUUUUGAACACGCGAAUGGUACUGAGGCGGACAUCACCGUUGCUGCACCGCCCACAAAGCGGUGGGGUCAGACAGCGACGUACGUGCGCGGCCACAAUGUGGUUCUGGUCGUGGGCGGUCAGACGAGCAUCUCGGGCGAUAUCACAAACGACGUCUAUGCGCUCGAUGUUUCGGAUCUCUCUGCUGCCAGUAUGGUCUCCAACUCGAGCGCUCAGUCGUGGCAGAGAUUGUCGUCGAAUGGCUUGCCCGCUCAUGCGUAUGCCGCAGCUAGCGUCGUGACCGACCCUGUCGAUGGGUCUGACAAGCUCUGGAUCGUUGGCGGAGUCACCGAGAAUUGCGCGCACGACGCGCCCGCCUACGUGUGGUCGGCUCCUGCUGGCAACAUCACCGCUGGCAAAUGGGCUCCGGUCUAUGCCGACAACGGCGUUGCGCCUAGCCGCAGACGUGGUGCCAAGGCGGUCACUCUCACUUCUUCGAAUGCCACUCCUUCCGUUCUGGUCUCGGGCGGAACGUAUGAUGCAUCCACGUGCGCCUCUACCAAUGGCACCUAUGCCGGCCUAGAUGUGUGGGGUCAAUCUACGUUCUUGCACACCUCGCUCGCGUCGCACAACCUUUCCAAGUCGAUCGAGACUGCCCACGUGGGCGUCGAUGUGACCGGUACCACGUACGCCACCAUCCAAUCGCUCGCAAUCGACGCUCGAAUGCGCGAUUUCUCCUUGACAGACUACGCCACUGUGGUGCUACCGGCCAACGGCACGUGUGGCGAAAAAGUUGUCUUCCUCGGUGGCAAAGAUGGAUCCGGCAAUAUGGCACGUCUAGACAAGUUCUGGGUGCUUGACGUUGGCUCUGGAAACUGGGAGCAUUGGAACGCUACGGGUCUCAUCCCAUCGGGUCGUAUGGGCCACACUGCAGUUGUCAGUCCGGACGGUAAGAUCAUCGUUCACGGCGGGUAUCUGCAAGAUCCGUGGCAAAUCAAGACCAACAACGAUCCGAUUGACGAGGUGUUCAUCUUGGACCCUCGACAGACGCCGGCGAGGUGGGAUGCGGCUACGUGGACUUCUGAGAGCUCCAAGCCUCCCUCGGUGGCUUAUCACUCGGCGGUGAUGACGGACGAGGUGAUGGUGGUCAGCUUCGGACGGGCUAACGAUGGUCCUGCGUUUGCUAGUCAGAGCUUUUCCUCCAACGGUGUAGGUGCUGCUGAUGCGCAGCUUCACUAUAUGGAUGUGGGUACGAUGCAGACUGGUGGUGGAAUGACGUGGUCCGCUUCCCCUGCAGGUGUGGCUCAGGCUAGGCAGGCAAUUGCUUCUGCCGCCGCUGAUAUCGCUGCUCCGCCUGUUUCACCUGUCUCGGCUGCCUCGUCUGCGGCUGUGACGAGUUCUACUCCCACCACAGCUGCUGUGGCAUCGUCCUCGGUAGAGCCUAGCCAGGUCGCUGCCCCGACUUUGUCCAAGGUUUUAUCCGAGGCCAAGCCUACCUCACAGGCGCCACAAGACAACCAACCUUCCACCGGAUCGAAGCAUACGGGCGCGAUUGCGGGGUCGCUCCUUGGAGCAGCUGCGAUUGCGGCUGCCAUCGGUGGAAUCUACGCCUACCGCAAGCGAAAAGAAGCGGCGGCGUACAAUUUGGGCCGUCAAGAGGCGCGCGAAGAUUCUACUCUGGAUCGCUUCCACCGCGGAGGAGAGGACGAGGAGAAAAACACGCCUUACGUCUCGAACCUUUAUCUCGGUGAGAUGCGCGACGUUGCAGCUGGAGCUGGAGUUGGAGCUGCGGCUGCGGCUGCAGGCGGCUGGGGUGGAAGGCUGAAACGAGCGGCGAGUCGGUUGAGCAAGACAGUGCCGGCUGAUGAUGAUGCGAGCCAAGACAGGUACACGUCGAGGGCGGGAGUGACGACGUUGCGAAACACGGCUGCUCGUGCAGCGAAGAAGCCCAAGGUUGAUGACGAGCAAGCGCUUCCGGACGAGUUUAUCACUUCGCUCGUGGCAGCCGAUGAGGAAAUUGAAUUUGACGCUUCGUUCAGUCGUUCGGCUAUGGACCUGUCUACGGGUGAACAAGGGAAAGACAUGAUGCUGCACUCGAACGUGUCGCGUGCUUCGGUCAACUCCUUCGGAGCCAGCAGCGCUGCUGGUGCUUCACACCUCUCGUACCCCUAUCUCGCCGGUAUGCACCGAGGUGCGUCACCAAAAUCGUUGCCUUCUCCUAUCGACAAUGCAUCACACCGAGUCAGAGUGAUCCUUGGUACUCCACGGAGCAUUUCGCACAUUCACCUCUCGCCCGGAGACACAGUAUCCCCUUACCACCUCCCUCAAAACCCGCACACAACCCCCGAAAGCCUCUGCCUCGACUUCGAGACUGAUAUCGCGCUCGACGGCAAUUCUACCUUUAUUCCCGCCUCCCCUCUUUCCCCCAACGUCGCCAGAACCCCGCUGUUUCCCUGGUCAACCCCCACAAUCAGCUCUCCUGCUCCCGUCAAACUCAACCCGACCAACCUCUCCUUGCUCCGUUCCAAACCCACCGCCUUGCACGUCACUAAUGACUACUAA